ACAUCGAUUUUAAAAUGCUAAAAAGCUGUCAGGGCAUAGGUAGUUGCAGCUCUUGUUUUGUGGAAAUUUGCAGCUUUGUGAGUCUCUCACAAAUCAAAACUUCAAGUUUCAAUAGCUGUCUGGUGUAAUCUGUAGAUUUUCGCCUGGACUAGUGGAAUACCGAUAAAAGAUUCAGCAUGGGAACUCUCUCAAAUACACUGCCAUGGGUAGAACGCUAUCGACCCAGCGCGUUGACGGAGUUGAUUUCACACGAUAAUAUUCUUUCCACACUGCAAACGUUUCUUAAGGAAGAUCGUUUACCGCACUUGUUGUUUUACGGUCCGCCUGGGACGGGAAAGACGUCAACGAUAUUGGCGAUUAUCAAACAGCUGUACGAACCAAGGGAGAUUCCGUCGUUGGUGCUCGAACUGAAUGCAUCUGACGAUCGCGGGAUCGAUAUUGUACGGACGGAAAUUGUGGAUUUCGUUAGUGCGAAGAAUGUCUUCAGCAAUAAAAUAAAACUGGUUAUCUUGGAUGAGGCGGAUUCCAUGACCAAAGAUGCUCAAAACGCGCUGCGACGAGUCAUUGAGAAGUACACCAACCAUUGCCGUUUCUGCAUUAUUGCCAAUUAUCUUUCCAAAAUUAUUCCUGCCAUUCAGUCGCGAUGCACCAGAUUCCGAUUCGCACCAUUGACAAUGGAACAGAUUCAGCCAAGGUUGGAAGUCAUUCUGAAAAAAGAAAAUGCCCGAUGGGAUGAUAGCGGCAUGAACGCCAUUCUCAGUCUGGCUAAAGGAGAUAUGCGCAAGGCUCUUAACCUGUUGCAGUGCACAUGGAUGGCGUAUGCAAAUAUCACUGCUGAUAAUGUGUACAGUUGCGCCGGGCAUCCUCUACAGUCGGAAAUCGAAACGGCAGUGACCACCAUGAUGAAUAAACCGUUCAGUGAAGCUGCAGAUGAGGUGGACGAUCUGCGAACAGGAAAGUGUUAUGCAGUCCAGGAUAUAUUGGAAAAUAUUCAUUCCUUUGUCGGCGAGCUUGAGCUUCCUGGUCCAGUUCGCAUUUAUCUGCUGGAAAAAAUGGCUGAUAUUGAGCAUAGACUUGCUUCAGGGUGCAACGAAAAGAUCCAACUAAGCUCCCUGGUUGCCGCAUUUUAUGUCGCCAGAAAUAAAUUAUCCAAAUUCGUCGUCUGAUCGCGGAUUUUUGAUAGUUUGUUUUCGGGCUCGGUUCUUUAUUCGUAAAUUCUUGGGCUUGGCUGGCUCGAUUCUGUGAGAAUUUCAUUGCUUGAACGGAAAAGACAUGCUAAUAACUUAACUGAUAAACUGAACAUGGGGUAAUAA